CUUUUGCUUUCUUUGGGGCCACACUCUGAAAUCCUGAAAGAGAUAGCAUCCUCACGUUAUUUAUUCAUAUAAGCAUAUUUAUCACAUUAACAUAAGUAGGUUUAUGUAAUUAUGGGUUACAUUUAUAAUUACAUAAGUGGGCAAUAUGCCAAUAAUCAAAGUUAUGCCUAGACGUGUUAAGAAUCUUGUAGUGGGUGAAUAAUCAAGAUGUUUUUUUAAGUUUAAUUUGUCUGAUUAUUCAAAAAAAAAGUUUAAUUUGUCUGUCAUUUGAGAAAUAAAAUUAACACGGAGUAUUAAAAAUAAAAAGUGGCUUGCUUGAGGUCAAUUUUAGCUCGAUCUUAUGAGAAAGUUCUUAAAUGUAGCAUGUACUUUUUCACUUUCAAGAAUCCCAACACCAAGAAUUAUCUCUCAAUAUGCGUCACCCUUGCGCUUGCAUUUUUGCUAUUCUUGCCAAAAACCCAUUUUGACACUUACCCUUUCUUGCAUCAAGCACAUUCCCUCUAUUUCACAUUGCCUUCUGCCUGUGGUUCUGACUGCAUCCACUUACCAUUCCUCUGCCUACCAGUCAUUUGAUAAAAUGUCACAAAGGUUUCUUCGGUAUUGCCUAGGUUCCAACAUAGGUCGUGUACAUGAGCUCAUUAGGUUUGUUAGAGAGAACCCCAGUAUUGUUAAUGCUAUAGUAGUACAUGCCAUGGUAAUCAAACUAGGUGCAAUUAGUCAUCUAUCCGCUGUCACUUCCCUGCUUAUGAUAUACUCAAGGGAAAAAAGUUUUAGCUCAUCGUUGGCUCUAUUUAGUGAAGUUCUUCACAAGGAUGUGGUUUUAUGGAAUGCCAUCAUGACUGCUUGCAUCGAGAAUAAUCUCUUUGAGGCCGCUGUGAAUUUAUUUUAUGAAAUGUUUGCAGUUGGGAAUGCUUUUGACUCUACUAGUAUUGUUAUACUUCUUUCAGCCUUGUGCAAUUUGAAAGACUUGAGACAAGUUAUGGGAGUCCAUGCUUUGUGUGUGAAAGUAGCAAUGGUGUCAGAUUCCAUUUUAGGCAAUGCUCUUAUUGGUGUCUAUGCAAAAUGUAUGGAUUUGAACUCAUCAGAGAUCGUUUUCAGAGAAAUGGGAUUUAAAGAUACAGUUUCAUGGAACUCAAUUAUCAGUGGGUGUUUUUAUAACAAUCAUCCUAGGAAGUCCUUAGUAUAUUUCAAGCAGAUGGUUUCCACUGUAAAGCAGGUAGAUAGUGUGAGCCUUUCUAGUGCUAUUGCGGCAUCUGCUUUUCUGGAGAAUCUUACAUGUGGCCUAGGAAUUCAUGGAUUAGGUGUUAAGCUGUGCUACAUAGAGACACAUCCUAUUUCUGUUUCCAACUCUCUCAUUUCAUUCUACUUUCAAUAUGGAAAUGUUGAUGCUGCAAAAUGUGUCUUUGAGGAGAUGGAGUUUAAAGAUGUGGUUACAUGGAACUCAAUGAUUAAUGGGCUGGCUUUGAAUGGAGAGAUUUUUGAAUCAUUUUAUCUCCUGCAUAAAAUGCAAUUCAUUGGAUCUGUGAAGCCUGACACAACAACUCUGGUCUCCAUUAUUUCACUGACUGCAAAGUUCAUGUUGCUUAGAGAAGGAAAAGCAGUUCAUGGUUACAUCCUCCGAAGAGGGAUGGACUAUAAUAUACCAUUAAUGAACUCUCUUGUAAAUAUGUAUUUAAAUGGAGGUAAUGUUAAGAAAGCUGAAAACAUACUUAGAAAUAUGCCAAAUAAGGAUUUAAUCACAUGGAAUACUAUGAUCUCGGGAUAUUCCCAAAAUGGGUGCAACACAGAAGCUCAGGCUUUAUUUAAGAAGCUUCUAGCUCAGCAUGCAAGUGUUAGCUUACCGACCCUUCUUGGGAUUCUGUCUUCUUGUGAUUCCCCUGAGUUCCUCCAGUUUGGGAAAUCAAUACAUUGCUUGCAUGUAAAGUUGGGAUUUCAGAAUUACAUUCUAUUAGUAAAUUCUUUGAUGUGUAUGUAUAUCCAAUGUACAAAUUUAGUGACAUCUUUCAAAUUGCUAGAGGAAAUUUCAAUGAUUGCGGAUGUUGAUAGUUGGAAUACUAUAAUUUCUGGAUGCAUGCAGAACCAGCACUUCAGAAUGGCUUUAGAGGCAUUCAAUUUGAUGAGGCAAACAUCACUUGUCAGCCAUGAUUCAAUUACUCUUGUGAAUGUCAUAUCAGCAUGUGGAUGUCUUGAAUUGGCACAUGAGGGGAAACUGAUUCAUGGUCUAGCUCUUAAGACCUCAGCGGGUAAAGAUGUCCGUGUGCAAAAUGUCUUAAUUACUAUGUAUGCAAGGUUCUCAGACAGUGUGAGCGCAAGCUUGGUAUUUAACCUUUGUCAUGACCGUAAUUUGUGCACAUGGAAUUGCAUGAUUUCUGCUUUAGCACAUAAUAGUAAUGCUAGAGAAGCAAUAGAACUAUUCCGUACUUUAGAAUUUGAACCAGAUGAGAUUAGUCUUGCAACCGUUCUCUCAAUCUGCACCCAAGUUGGAGUAAUCAGGCAAGGAAAACAGAUCCACGGGCAUGCCAUCAGGUUUGGUUUCAUUAAGAAUUCUAUUAUUUCUUCCGCUCUUGUCGAUAUGUAUAGCAGUUGUGGCAGGCUAGACAUUGCUCUUUUAGUAUUUCAAAAAUCCCCUGUGAAAUCUGUCGAGGCUUGGAAUUCUAUGAUUUCCGCAUAUGGGUUACACAGCAAUGGUCAGAAAGCAAUUGAAGUGUUCAUUGGGCUCAUCAAGUGUGGAAUAAGCCCCACGAAAGCCACAUUUGUUAACCUGCUAACAGCUUGCAGCCAUUCAGGUCUUGUCGACCAAGGCUGCUGGUACUAUGACCAUAUGCUACCCAGGUUUGGAGUCCAGCCCACAACAGAUCAUCAUGUCUGCAUUGUUGAUAUGCUAGGACGAUCAGGAAAGCUACAUGAGGCUUAUGAAUUUGUCAAGGACAUGCCAACUCAACCCGAAUCAGGUGUUUGGGGGUCUCUUCUAAGUGCUUGCAACUAUCAUGGAAAUCUCAAGCUGGGAAAAAAGGUGGCAACUAUUCUCUUUUCUCUAAAACCAGAGAAUAUAGGUUACUAUGUGUCCUUAGCAAAUAUGUAUGUAGCUACUGGAAGCUGGAAAGAAGCUAUGGCAUUGAGAGAUGUGGUUCAGAAUAAAAAACUGGUGAAAACUGCUGGUUACAGUUUUAUUGAUGUAGGACUGUGAUAGGACGCUAAGUCGUUAUUUGGGUCAUGGAUCCAAUUCAGCUAAAUCUUACCUCUGCUCAUAUCAGAUCUCUUUGGGCAUUUCAUAUUAACCUGACCCCAGUAGUGGGUGAAUGCCUAUGUCUCCAAUAUCUCCCAGAACUAGUUAUUCGAGACUGCAGUGCUGGAGGCUAGCCCAAUCCCAUGCUCAAGAUGAAUAUAGGGGACUUUCUCAUGCCAAAGCCAUAGUAGUAUCAGAACCAGGGAAGAGGGGCGGCACUUGCAAAUCCAUCUAGUACCUUAACUCUUAUAUAAUAGAACAUUCUCAAUUGCUUAUGCAGAUUUAAAGGACCAGGAGUUGAGAAAACUUGAGAACUCAUUCAUGCUUGGACCCCUCCUUGUAAAUGCAAGCAUGAGCGUGAUAAGGAGGUGGAUCAAGUUCAGAGAAAACUGCCUAAAGACAUAUGGUUAAGUUUUGAUUUUGAAGACUCACAUCCGGACUUACCAGCUUUAUACCUUCGAGGUGGAUCAGUAAUUCCUGUAGGUCUUCCAUAUCUACAUGUUGGUAAAGCUGUAGAUUCUCUCUAUGAAGAUGAUGGAGAUGGAUAUGAGUAUACCAAUGGUGGGUACCUGUUGACAACAUACACUGCUGAACUUUCUUCUUCAGUUGUAACCUUAAAGGUGGCCAAUCAAUGGCAGAGCCACAUUGGUUCAAAGAUUGAAUCAUAGAUCUGCCACUGUGGCCAAUACUGAAGGAUUGUGGAAAAGGCUAAACUGCUGCUUACAUGUACUCUAUUGCUUGGUGAAGGUGCUAAUCUUGAGUCAGCGGUAUUAAUGGAGAGACCAUGCAAAUAGCAAUGCCAUCAGAGAAUGAGGUCUCAAGUUUGGUAUUAGCAAGUGAAAAGAAGUACAAGACUAAAACGGGAGAAUGGAUGCUUGUUGACAAAUGCCUUGGCUUAGCUUUGGUGAACAGGUUCAGCAUUGACCAAGUAUACAAGUGCAUGGUGCAUUGGGGCUGUGGGACAGUUACUUCAGAGCUGUGGUCAGAAGACAGACCGGUUUCUAAGGAAUCCCCUCUUAAUAUUUCACAUGAAUACGAGAUGUUGAAGCUACCAUAACUUAUAAAUCCAGAUGUUGUACUGAUGAUAUUUAAGAGGUUGUGAUGUAUGUUGCAACUUUCUCUGCCUGAAUAUGUAACAGAAAGCUCCCUAGAACCCAAUUGAAGUUUCCCAGAAUGUGGUCAAUAUAAAUCUCUUUUAAGAAUU